AGCCAUAUGGGUUCGCUUGAGAUGGAAAUAAUCCAGUCUUUUCUGGGUUUUGUUGUUGAAUUGACACAGAAGAAGAUGGGUUAUUUCAUUGAUUCUGGUUGUAAAAGCCCAGUUGAGAUAGGGUAUUGACGAUUGACGAUUGGGGAUCGGACCAAUCAACCCCGAGACGAGUCAGUGUACGGGCGCUGCUGGGAAGGAGGCUGCACCAUCGUCUCGACACCUUUGCGAGUCCAACGGAGCGCCAUUCUCCGAGAAUCCGCGGGUGCUGGACGCCAUGUCGUCGUCCCAUUCGCGCCCGCAAGCAGCCAGCAACAGCAGCGAUGACAGCAGCAGCGAGCGCGAGAGACACAAUGACACUCGGGGUUCUUCCUCUUCCAUGGAUGGUUCGGUCGGCUCUGCGACGAUCAACGGGCCGUAUCGCGUGGGCAACUCAGACGGAGAUACCUGCUCGUACCACGCAGUGCACGAGGGCGAGUCUUGCCGCAAACCGCGCACAUGCUACGAGUGUCUGAACUCGGACGUGGCCGGGGUGAAUGACGGCUGCCUAUUGGCGCCCUCGGGCUUCUGCGAAGACAUGUCGAGCUACGAUUCCUCUCUGGACUAUCGUCGUAACACCACAGGCGAGGAUCUGAGUCUCACAGGCUGGUAUAACUACUUCCCGUCGGUUAAUUCCACGUACUGCGAGGCGACGGACGAGGCCUGUGUGCUCUGUGACGAACUAGUGAAUAAUGGCAGCUUGAGCCAGGCAUCGCAUUGGGGAUUUAACUCGGAAAAUGUAUCGUCCGAAGUGGAGCGACAGUUCUGUAUUGGCUCGGACGGCUGCGUGUGUGUCAUGGCCUGCGAGACGGACAACUGGGAGACUAAUAUGCCGGCGGAAUGUGACGCUAACGGCAGCUCGUCGGCGGGUAAUAAUUCAUCGGCGGAGACCACGAGCUACAGCACCAUGUUGAUAUUUUAUUUGGUGUUGCAAGUGACUCUACUUGCGGUUUUCAUGUAUAAACGCGGCCUAUGUCGACGAAUGGCACCACAGCGCCCUCCGCCGCGAGCAGAGGGGCCGUACAAUAACGUGAACGCUAUUACGUCACCGUCGAAUAGACUGCGGCUCUCAGGGUGGAAGAAAAUGCAAGAUACGUUGAUCGAGCGAGAGAAGAAGCAGCGCGCUAAUCAGCAGCCCCAGUACAUGUCAUCACCUCGAGUAGAAGGCGCGACUACACAGGCUGGAGGUGGAACCACGCAGGCACAGCCUCUGUCUCCUCAGAUUUCGGCACGGAAUAGUGAAACAGCUCGAGCGGCCUACACUCAGGUCCAGGAUGAACCCAGUACUGCUACAGGCAGCAGAGAGCGGAACAACAGUGCUCAAGCAGCGAGUGUGGAUAGCGACGUUGUCGUUGUCGAAGGGUCUUAUGAGGAGAGGACAACUGGUGCCGGGGUCACGCGGACUGAGCGUACGUCGUCGACCGUCGCAAUGCUCGAAGCCCGGCGGGAUGCUGCUUAGAGCUGGCGAUGUUUUUACGGUCUUCCUCUUCGUUGUCAAAGCAAUUUUGGUGUGCACUAUGCAACGUUAGAUGGUCUAUAACUUAAUGAACGCAGGGCGGUCAAGUUAUCACUCGCUCCUGCCUUUUGGUACGCUUAUCAUUAUCCUUCCUGUCGGUUGUGGUAAUGAUCUCCUGCAUAAAUAAUUUUUUUUCGAGGAUAAUAAUUUCUUCCGCUC